CAGAAUCGCAGAGACCACACGUUUUUGGGCAGUCCUCUGCGAGAAUAUCUCUCCAUGCAUUACUUUCACACAUAUCCUGACUCACUGAUGAGCAGGGAUAUCGCGGUCGCAGUUUGUUCUGACAAUUAUAGGCUGGUGUAAGGCAGCAGUAUCCACAUUGUUUAGGGCAAAAGCUGAUCGCAGUAUGGAGCAAUUCUUGAUUCACGGGAUUUCCUGCGCAUUUAGCAUUUCUAUCUUCAUCGUUCGUAUCCACUUUCACACCAUCCCCAUAAAUGAUUUGGCAGUUGGCGUCAGACAUUUUGUUCCUGCAGUUUACUGCCGACUGAGCGUACUUGAAUUCACCAUCGACACGGUAAGUGCAGUUGAGGUCGGUGAUCGCUCCUCCUCUGACAAACUCCAAGGUGGAGAAUAAUAUAAUCAAUAGCAUACUUUUGCCUGAAGCGGAACACGUAAUCCGUGGAUAUCUUGAGUACUAAUCCGAUACCACAUGAGAGUGCACUUUCGUUUUUAGCAAUAGAAUGAGGAAGGAUUGAACUCACGCAGUUUAUUCUGACAAUUGAAGGCUGGUGUGAGGCAGCAGUAUCCACAUUGUUUGGGACAAAUGCUGAUUGCGGUGUGGAGCAGUUGAGGAUUCACGGGAUUUCCUGCGCACUUUUCAUUCCGAUCUGCAUCGUUUGUAUUCGCUUUCACUGCAUUCCCGUAGAUGAGUUGGCAGUUGGCGUCAGACAUUUUGUUCCUGCAGUUCACUGCCGAUUCAGCGUACUUGAUAUCAGCUCCAACACGAUGCGUGCAGUUGAGAUCAGUGAUUGCUGCCUCUGUUUCGAUCACGAAAAGGGUUGA